AUGCCCAUAGUUGAAAAUGUCCUGGAAAAUACAGCACCUGCUGGCACCAAGGAUGAAUGCGGCUCCACCGCUCUCCACAUCGCUGCGGGUGCAGGCGAGGUGGGGAUGGUGCAGCUACUUCUCCUCAAGGUAGCUGUGCUCGAGGCGCAGGACGGUGUGGGACGCCGAGCUCUGCAUGUUGCAGCCCAAGCCGGCCACGUCAGCGUGACAGGGGCCCUGUUAACUACUGGAGCUGACCUUGACGCUCGCUUCGGCACCUUUCGAACAUCUGCCCUGCAGGCGGCUGCCUGCAAUGGCCGUGCAGGAGUCGUGAAGAUGUUGAUUGAGCACGGGGUGGCUGUGAACACGGCGGACGCGGACGGCUCCACACCCCUACAUUGUGCCGCUUGCGGAGGUUCCGCACAGGUGAUCGAUGCCCUUGCCAAUACAGGAGCAAACGUCAAUCGAACGAACAUCGGAGGGGAUGCACCUCUUCGUGUGGCGGUUUUCUGGCGCCAUCUCCAAGCCGCUCUCGCCCUGACCCCCCUGUUCACGGUAGCGUCGUUUCCUGCAAGGCACCGUGCCGCGGAGACGGUAGAUUUCCUCUUGAAGUGGGGCGCUGACGAAGGUAUGACAGACGGCAGUGGCCAGAAAGCCGGACAAUUUGGCGUGUAUAUCCUGGAAUUCGGAUCGGUUGGGCACGGCGUCCAGGAAUAUCAGCGUGCCACCAGAGAACAGCAACGUGUCCAACAGCUCUUGGGCCAAUGCCCCCGCCGACAGAGCCUGGCGCCGUCGCGGCCUGCUGCAAGUCAGCGAAGAGCAUGGGAACAUGGCGGCAACCAAAUGGAGCCGUGCUCGCCUUGUGAGCAAGCUUGUCGAGGAGAAGGACGCCGCCAAUGCCCAGCGCAGCCGCACGACUGCGGGUUGCGGCGAAGGUGA